AUGUGGAAAAUCCGUCAGUUAAAACAAUUCAAAUCACCAACUUAUAGAACACUAACCAUACUUGCCGAUGGAAACGGAACAAAUAACAAUAAAGUGUUUUGUUCGCGUAUUACUUUGGAUUUUGAAAAUCCAGAAUCACCCCUUCCAUUGAGCGAGGUGAACAAAACAAAUUUAAAGAAUUAUCAAUUUCCCGUAAUCAAAAUAAGCUACGAUCGAAACGACGUCGUGGAGCAUGCAAAAUCUAUCGGAAUCAAGGCUGACAACAAAUAUGCCGAUUUGUAUUUGAACCAAUCGCAUAAAAAAUUUCAAGUUCUUCCAUCGUUUUUACUUCCAUUUUCGAAUAAAAUUUUGAUCGAUCUGUGCUCAUUUCCGUCAACAGCUUGGAAAUUGUCAUUCGAGCAUUUACUUCAUGGUGAACACUACAUACAACAACUCAAACAAUUACCUCCGGAAGGAAUCGUCAAUCUAAAAAUUAAAACAUCGGAUGUAAUGGACAAAGGAAAAGGAACAUUGUAUUGCUUCAACAUGAAUAUAUAUGAUGAAAAUAAUGGUGAAACGUAUUUUACAAUGGAUUAUCACAUACUCGAAGUUGGAACGGGUGGAUUCAUCGGAAAUAAAUCAAAUCCUCACAUGACUCGUAAAGUAACACCACCAAACAGCAAUUAUAAUCCGCCGGAUUCGAUACUGGAAUUCCAGACGUUCAUUCCGAAGGAUGGCAUCAAGACUGAAUUGUCAGAUUCCGAUUUGAAUAUGCCGUGUUACUCUUCCUUACAUCCGCAUCAGCGUUAUGGAACGAAUUUUGAAUUUCUAAGGAGUCCAAUAGCACACGGAAGAUAUACGUUUGCCGGAGUUAUGAAAAGUAUACUUUUCAAAUAUGCAAAUGGAAAUGUAGAAAAGUUUAAAGCCGCAAAAGUCCGUUUUGCUAAGCCAGUAUAUCCAGGCGACAACAUUCUGAUAAGUACCUGGAAAGCCGAUGAGUCGAGGAUAACUUUUCAGGGUGAUGUUAAACGAGACGGAGAAAAUAUAAAAGUUCUUACCGAUGGUUACAUUGAUUUGGACAUGUAG